UUGGGCCAGAGGAGAGUUUUUUUUUUUUAAAAAAAUAUAUAUAUAUAUAUUGCAUCGGCGGUUAUAUAUGCAUAUAUGUAUAUAUAAUAUUCUUGCUGGAAGGAAACGCACGCACACACGGAGAGGUGUCUUAUAAAAAAAAAGAGAGAUCCAAGUUCGGAAGUGUGUUUUGCUUGUUCGUGCAGGGUUGUUUUUUUUCCCUUUUUUUGCCCCCCCAAAAGAGAAAAGUACCAUCUUCCUGUGAUAGGAGGCUCCUGAGAGGAAACUUCUACCUAUCAAUGCACGACCAAUGGGUUAUAUCCUUCAUCGUGACCUCAUGGUUUAAGCGGGAAUAAAGAUGAGUAUAAGCAGUGAUGAGGUUAACUUCCUCGUAUAUAGAUAUUUGCAAGAGUCCGGGUUUUCUCAUUCAGCAUUUACCUUCGGUAUCGAGAGCCAUAUCAGCCAGUCCAACAUCAACGGUGCUCUGGUGCCCCCAGCUGCUUUGAUUUCAAUAAUUCAAAAAGGCCUGCAGUAUGUGGAGGCGGAAGUCAGUAUUAAUGAGAUAAUCAUACAGAUAUGAUGGAAGUGGAUGGUGAUGUUGAAAUCCCUCCUAACAAAGCAGUGGUGCUGCGGGGUCACGAAUCUGAAGUUUUCAUCUGCGCCUGGAACCCUGUCAGUGAUCUUUUGGCCUCAGGAUCUGGAGAUUCAACGGCAAGAAUCUGGAAUCUUAGUGAAAACAGUACCAGCGGAUCUACGCAGCUGGUGCUUCGGCACUGUAUACGAGAAGGAGGGCAAGACGUACCAAGUAACAAAGAUGUAACAUCUCUGGAUUGGAAUUAUGGGACGUAGACCGAGGAAUUUGCAUCCACACCUUGACGAAACAUCAAGAACCUGUGUACAGUGUAGCUUUCAGUCCUGAUGGUAGAUAUCUGGCCAGUGGUUCUUUCGACAAAUGUGUACACAUCUGGAAUACACAGACGGGUGCUCUGGUGCAUAGUUAUCGGGGGACAGGAGGCAUUUUUGAGGUUUGCUGGAAUGCAGCAGGAGACAAAGUUGGAGCGAGUGCUUCAGAUGGUUCAGUUUGCGUACUAGAUCUACGGAAAUAGCGCUACUAGUUGGAAGCCAUGGACCGACUAUGAAUGUGUACAUAGCCAAAAUGACUGUCCCCACGACCCAUGUACUGCUAUUGUCCCAACUGAACCAUGGCCAGUCCACUACAGCCAAACCUGAAAUAAUUAAAUACAUGUACUGUACAUUUUCUUUUUUAAAAAAAAGCAAACAAUUAUACCCUGAAGAAGAUGACAGAGUGAUGUCACAGCUUGUGAAGCCUGUUCACCAAGUGCUGGAAUUUGCUGCAGCCACUCCCCUACCCCCAAAAAAAAGAUUGGAAGUGGGAGGAAAUUUAAAACAAAAACAAAAAAAACAGGACAUGAGAGAAAGAGAACCGAAAUAUGCAAUGAGCCCGUUUGAGAGUAUCAGAUUGAGGAAAGCUUGUGUAUGGCUUAUUCUUUUCCCUAUCUUCUUUGUCCUCUUUUCUUUAUUUUUGUCCUUUAUGAAACUUUUGUUUUCCCUCCUUUCUGAUCCUUCCCCACCACCCCAAUAGGUAAUGACUAGGUGGGUUUUAUUUUUUCAUGUGUAGGGAAAACAAACUUGCAUAUAUCCCUGCAACAGUGAUUUGUUCAUUGCUUUUCCCCGUUGUGCUCUUAAGGUUUACUAAUGCUUGAAGCCAGGAUGUGGCAUUCUUUUCUAGGUUGUGGUGCAUCUUUUCAUUAAGAAUUGGAGGGAGGGGAAUCCUUUUCAGCAGUUCUUUCAAUUCUUCCUUAACUUUAUAGACAUCUGGAAAGUGUUCUGUAGAUCUUCUUCCAGUUUAGACAAAGAGGAAGAAAACAAAACCCAUCCUGACCAAUGAGGGUCAACAUUCCUUUAUUCUUUUCGUCGGAUCCAAUAGUUUACAGGCUCCUCAGAUGCUGCGCUUAGUCCUUUUAUUGGUGAUGACAGUUCCAAAAAGCAACAAUCCCCAUCUUGAGACUUUUCUGCCAAAUCUUAAGAGUGUACAAAAUUGCAAGAAGACACCUAAACAAAGACGGAGAGGCUUGAAAUAGGAUGCCCACAGUAGGGAAUCGUAUCAUUGGUUUGGAGAGCUUUAAUGGCAUGGGGGGGGGGUGAGUUUUUGUGUGGUCAGAUCUUGGGAAAAGAGGUGAUAGACCUUGAUGGGAGGUAAGCUCAGGUAAUCCCAACACCAAGCUUAAAGAAAAACAGAUGAAUUGGAGCCUCUUUCGCUUCCAAAUCACGAUCAUUGUCCAUUUGAGUCGCACUGUGAAAAUUGAAGCAAUGGCGAGAGAGAGAGAAAGGAUUUGCCUCAUUCUCAGUUUGGAUAAAGAUUUCUGCUACAACCUCUGUACGAAUCUCCCCCCACCCCCAUCUUUACUCGGUAUAACCAAAUUCCCAGUUGAAAGUAUUUCAGACUUUGUGGGACAAGCGCUUAUUUCUUUUUUCUUUUUCUUUUUAAUCUCUUCGUUACAAAAACAUAUUUGAAGCCUCUUUGCUAAAGAUUUUUCUGAAGUAAGUCACGUCGUUUAUUCCCUUCGCGAUACUGUUUCACUGGAAAUCCUUUCCUCGUCCCUCCACAAAAGAGGGAGAACUGAGCAAUAUUUGCAGCAGGGGGUUAAGAUCCACUGGGCUGGUAAAGUUCCCAGUGAUGAAUGGCUCCUCAUAUUUUUUUUAAAGUCAAAGGAGGAACCUCCCCUGGCAAAACUCUUUGCUUCGUGCUUCUUUAACUACCGAGUGAUAGAGCUUCCAUACUAGAAAAUAGUCUUGCACUAAUUUUUCCCUGUUGCUCCCCCGUUAUUAUUUUUUUCCUGUGUGCUUGUCUCCUUUCUCUUAACAUCACACCACCCUUCAAAUUUAGAUUUAAGUUUAAGCUGCUAAAAGUUUUUUCCAGGAGAAAACAUACAAUCACUACUUUGGAAUGUCUGUGUUUCUUCUAUCAAGUCUUGCUUUUCCUUCACAUGAACUUGUGCUUUGAUCACAAGCGAUAGCAACAGUGGGACUUUUAUGUGUGCGUGUGAAAGUUCAGUGUAAAGGCUGACCUGUUCCAUUCUCGUUUGAUCCUUCGUGUCUUCUGCAGCUUCCAAUUUCCUAAACAAAGAGGAGUUGUUCAGGGUUUUUAAGGUUUCAGCUGAUGUUUUUUUUUUACCUAAAGGAAUGCUUUGUACUCAUUUGCUUUGCCGAAGCCUCCGUUUUGGAUCUCCUUUUUAGUCACAGCAACACAGUGCAGAAAUACCAAAUUUCUAAUCUUUUCCAUUUUUGCUGCUUCUUUCAAUAGGCAGCGCAGCAUAUAAACCCAAAGCUUGGAUCUCUUCCUUUUGAAGAUAUAAACCGAUUCCCUCCCUUUAUUUGUAAAUUAGCCACCGUGUUGAAUUCUCCUUCCCCUCCUUCCAAUGAGGGUGGUUAUGUUUUGUUUUUACAAUGUGUGUGUUUCCAUACAUCAUUGCAGUGUAUGCCUCCUUUCUUUUUAACAUCAGGCAAGGAAAUGCACAGAUCCAGCUUAAGAUCUAAAUUCUAAGAGAGGAAACGCUGCUUCUGCAGUAACACCAUUUUCUUUGUAAGACUUAGCUCAAUCUUCUAUAUUCCAUUGUGGCUUUUGCUAAAUCAGAGCACUGCAUCCUAUCCUCUCCCCUCUUUGUGAAGUAUAUUCUUUCAGCAUUGACGUCUGCCACCUCUGUGUACAAACCAGAAAGCAGAUCUUGAAGUAAGUCGAGAUUAUAAGGCAACCACAACCAUUUUUAGCUGAUGUGUAAAUACACCAUCGUGGUUAUUCUUAAUGGGUGAUUUUAAAGUUACACACAGAUUGCGAGUGAAAAAAAAGGAAGAUUUACACCUAUAAGGACAGUCGUUCCAUCCAAUGAUACCUCUGCAUUGAUUUUGGGAAUAGGCUUAGGAGGUUUGAGAAUAGGCUUAGGAGGUUAAGAAUAAUUUCCCCUGUAAAUUAUAGUAUGUAAGAAACUUAACCUGUUGAGUAUCUGGCACUUGAAAAACCUUGCUUUUUACCGCUGGAGGUCCAGGACUGUGGCUGACCUCUGUCAUUAUUAAAAAUAAUUUUUUAAAAGUUUAAAAUAUGUAAAAAAAAAUCUGUGCAAUAAUUUUAAACUGUGCUCCCAGGAAUAGACACAAAUGUGUUUUUUGGGGAUUUUUAUUUUGAGUAUAUUUAAACAGCAUUUUCUUUUCCUUUAGCAAACACAAAUGUCAAUUGCACUGAACUUAAAUCUUUUAAAAAAAAGUCAGAGGUGAUUCUUGAUAGUACUUUUGUAUUUUGAUAUGGACAGUCUGUUCGUUUUUCAUACAAGCUCUUGAACUGAUGUUUCAGCUUCCUUCAAAAAAAAGUGUAUAAAAAAACGAGAUGGUGUUUGAAGUCUUUUGACACAGCUGCAAGAUUUCCACAGCAACGUUCAUAUUUCUGGUUUUGCAACUGUUUAGCUCUUGUUCUUUUGGUUGGUUGGUUUGUUUGAUUCUAGCCAUUUAAGUAUGAUAUAGCAUGUAGACUUUAUUGAAGCUUCAUUAUCACAGCUGU